AUGAUCCGAGAACAACGACUUGAAGAUCUCAAUGAAUCCAGGUAUCAACGGCUCGAAGAUCUCAAUGAAUUGAGAGAACAGCGCCAAGUAGAAGAGAAGACGGCAAAUCGAUCGAAUGAAUUUCAGCGUCAACUAACAACUGAGCGGUAUCGAGACGAGUUACUUGUUGCUUAUAUUAAUGAUAUGGCUACAUUAUUGGAAAAGAGCAAUGGUUCACUCACAGCUGAUGAACUUACGGCUACUGUUGCUCGAGCUAAAACUCUGACUAUCCUUCGUCAACUAGAUACACAGCGUAACAUUCAAAUUGUUCGAUUUCUCUACGAAGCCAAACAACUUACUGGAAUACACAAAAAUUCUUCACUGGAUCUAUCAACAGCAGAACUUCGUGAUAUAGAUUUUCGUUAUACAGCAAUCAAUACAAAGAAAUUAAACAACUUAUCAUUGACUGGUAUCUUUCUAUCAAAUGCAACAUUUGUAGGCAUUGAUAUGGAGAACGUCAAUUUCGCUAAUACUGAGUUUAACACUGUUAACUUUUCAUCUGGAACACUUCGCAAUGUCAAUUUUUCAUCCUCUAACUUCGACAAUGCUAACUUUUCAUCCACUCAACUCGAUACUAUUAACUUUUCAUUCAGCUCUCUCUUUAAAGCUAAUUUUUCAUUCGUUUCAAUCUUUAAUACCUGCUUGUCAUCGACUCGACUCGAGCAUGUGAAUUUUUCAUCCGCUCUGCUCUUCAAUGCCGAUUUUUCAUAUGCA